AUGUUGCUUAACGGGAAAAACUACUCCGGCCCUCGAGAAGACGAGGACGCAGAAGAGUACUGGGCGAUACUGCUCCAAGCAGACGAGUUUGGUGACGCCGAUGAGUGGGAAAAAGCAUGUGAAGCGCAAGAACGGGCGGUGAAAUACGCUGAAGUGCAUUAUGGUGAUGAUCUGAAUGCAAAGACCGGGCUGGCCUAUCUCUACCGGCAAGUUAGUCGCCACAAGGAAGCCGAAGAAUUGGAUAGGUUCGUCCUCUCAGUGCGACAGCAAAUCCUUGGAGAUGAUCAUGAAGACACGGUAGCAAGUCUCAAUAACCUUGCAAUUGAUUUGAAAGCGCAAGGUGAAUAUGACGAGUCGCUCGAACUCGACAAGAAGGCACUUGAUAUUAUGCUGCGCAUCAAGGGUGAAGAUUCUCAAACUACCCAGACAAGCAUGCACAACCUGGCCAACAGUUAUUUUAACAACAAAAAUUAUCAAGCGGCACUCGACUUGCAUCAAAGGACAUUGGAUCUCCGGACAAAGACGCUUGGUCCUGAACACUUCCAGACUAUAAUGACAAUGGAUCUCUUGGGUAGAGAUUAUGGGGCUUUGGACAAACUCCAAGACGCUGUGGCCCUGCAAGAAAAAGCAGUGGAAGCUGCAAAGACUCAUCUCGGCCCAUCCAACCAGACCACAAUUAAAUGCAGUCUUAACUUGGCAAGCACAUAUGGGCGGUUAAACAGGGCUGGUGCUGAGGAGAUGCCCGGGGGAACCUGGGAGUCCAAGGGAAUCAGUGUCCUUGAAGAGAUUGUAGAGAUUCAACGACAAGGCCCCGGUGAGAAUCAUUCGGAUACCAUUGCCGCUAUGAAUAACUUGAGCGUGGCAUAUUUCCAUGCUGGUCGAUUGGAAGAUGCCAUUCCUCUCAUGAAGAAAGUUGUGGACUGGAAUAUGGAGAAAAUGGGUCCAGACCACCCGCAAACCCAAGCCGCGUCGGGUAAUUUAGACUACGUAUAUGAGAAGCUUGGCUUGACUCGUGCCUCAAUCUUUUAA